AUGCAUCAAAACCAUAUCUCGGACGCUCAGGCGAACAAGGAAAAUACACCGCCUGUGCAAAAGCCCGCGCGACUUUAUGGUGGAGGACCAAAGUCAAUAGACCGUCUAAUAACGCCAUUCAGGUGUCCAGGUAGUAGUACACCCACUCGGGCCUCGGAAAAGCCAGUACGCAAAAGGCGAAAGGUCAGCUACGCUGAUGCGGAUGGCAGUAUAGAAGACGGGAAAGCGGCUUGGACAAACGAGGAGAGACUGGCCUUGAGCAACAGAGAUGCCAACAAAUUUCCCACAUUCAAAGUCAAAGAUAAAGAAACGCAAUUUCGUCAACGCUUUGCUGUGCCAUUGAUCAAUAAAUCGUUAGGCACUUAUAAUCCCACUCGACCACCACCAACACUUGGGCUUCGGACAGGAGCGGUAUUCGUGGCCAAGGCAUUACACGAUCCUAGUGGGGAAUUUGCCAUAGUACUCUAUGAUCCUACAGUAGAUGGGGGGCCUAAAAUCAAAGAUCCGGCACAAGAAGCGGGCGGAGAAGAUUCAAAACCGAAGCUGGAUGUGCCGUUGAUGCACAAGAGCCUGGCAGACAUUUUAGGCUUGAAGAAACAGAUCACUGAUGAGCACCCCAAAAUACCUGUCGUCAUUGAUCCAAGGCUUGCAAAAGUCUUACGGCCGCAUCAAGUUGAAGGUGUCAAAUUUCUAUAUCGCUGUGCCACCGGGCUGAUCGAUGAGAAGGCGAACGGGUGCAUUAUGGCAGAUGAGAUGGGUCUCGGGAAGACUCUACAGUGCAUUACCUUGAUGUGGACUCUCUUGAAACAAUCCCCCGAACCAGGCAAAAGUACGAUAUCAAAGUGUAUAAUUGCAUGCCCGUCUAGUCUGGUGCGCAACUGGGCAAAUGAGCUCGUGAAAUGGCUCGGCAAGGACGCCGUAACCCCUUUCGCCAUCGACGGAAAAGCCUCGAAAGCUGAGCUAACUUUACAGCUUCGACAAUGGUGCAUCGCUAGUGGAAGAGCUGUGGUCAGACCUGUACUCAUCGUAUCGUAUGAGACAUUACGCCUCAACGUGGAUGAGCUGAAGAGUACCCCUAUUGGCUUGUUACUAUGUGAUGAGGGUCAUCGUUUGAAGAAUGGAGAGUCCCAGACAUUUGAGGCAUUGAAUGGACUGAAUGUCAGCAGACGCGUCAUUCUCUCGGGGACCCCUAUCCAAAACGAUCUGUCAGAAUAUUUCUCUCUGCUCAACUUUGCGAAUCCCAAUCUUCUCGGUACUCGCAUGGAAUUCAGAAAGCAGUACGAGAUCCCUAUUCUUCGCGGUCGUGAUGCAGCAGGAUCGGAUGCCGAUCGCCAGAAAGGCGAUGAGCGACUUCGUGAACUGCUCGAGCUUGUGAACAGGUUCAUUAUUCGCCGAACGAAUGACAUCCUCUCAAAGUACCUACCGGUCAAAUACGAGCAUGUCGUUUUCUGCAACCUCAGCCCAUUCCAAUUGAAGCUCUACAACCACUUCAUACAAAGUCCGGAUAUCAAAUCGCUUCUUCGCGGCAAAGGCAGUCAGCCAUUGAAAGCUAUUGGUAUGCUCAAGAAACUGUGCAAUCAUCCGGACCUUCUAUCUCUACCAGACGAUCUUCCAGGCUGUGAUGACUUCCUUCCGGAUGAUUUUGUACCCAAAGACUCUCGGGGACGAGAUCGUGACGUUAAGGUCUGGUACUCUGGCAAAAUGCAGGUCCUGGACCGAAUGUUAGCCCGCAUCCGUGCAGACACCAAUGAUAAGAUCGUUCUUAUUAGCAAUUACACCCAGACUCUAGACCUAUUUGACAAACUUUGUCGUUCGCGACAAUAUGGCUGCUUACGCCUUGACGGCACCAUGAAUGUUAACAAGCGGCAAAAGCUUGUCGACAAGUUCAAUGAUCCGGAUGGGGAAGAGUUCAUCUUCCUCCUAAGUAGCAAAGCUGGAGGGUGUGGCCUGAACCUCAUCGGUGCAAAUCGUCUUGUUUUGUUCGAUCCUGAUUGGAACCCUGCAGCGGACCAGCAAGCACUCGCUCGUGUCUGGCGCGAUGGGCAGAAGAAAGACUGCUUCGUUUACCGCUUCAUUGGCACUGGAUCCAUCGAGGAGAAGAUCUUCCAACGCCAAUCUCACAAGCAAUCACUCUCAUCCUGUGUGGUGGAUAGUGCUGAAGACGUUGAACGCCAUUUCACACUGGACAGCCUCCGGGAGCUCUUCCAGUUCAAGCCCGGGACCACGAGCGACACACACGACACAUUCAAGUGUAAGCGUUGCAGGAAAGAAGAUGGAAGGCAGACUAUGAAAGCGCCAGCCAUGAUGUAUGGCGAUACAAGUAGCUGGAAUCAUUUCGUCAACGACGGUGAGAGUGGACCACUCGGAGGCAUUCAGGAUCUUUUGCUCCGGCAAGAGACGAAGGAGAAGGACGUCAGUGCCGUGUUCCAAUUCAUCAGCCAUUGA